CCCGCUUCCGGCGGCGCUCCGCCCGCCGCUCCCCUCCGUCCUGUCUGGUGGCGAUGGCGGCCGCGGCGUCCCUGUCCCCGGAGGAGCUGCUGCCCAAGGGCGGCGCGGGCAAGGCCGAGGAGCUGGAAGACGAGCUGGAGGAAGAAGAGGAGGACGACGAGGAGCUGGACGAGACGCUGGCGGAGCGGCUGUGGGGGCUCACGGAGAUGUUCCCCGAGAGCGUGCGAUCGGCGGCCGGGGCCACGUUCGACCUGUCGCUGACGGUAGCGCAGAAGAUGUACAGAUUCUCUAGGGCAGCUCUGUGGAUUGGGACCACCUCCUUCAUGAUUCUGGUUCUUCCUGUCGUCUUUGAAACGGAAAAACUGCAGAUGGAGCAACAGCAGCAGCUGCAGCAGCGACAGAUCCUCCUUGGACCCAACACAGGGCUCUCAGGGGGAAUGCCAGGGGCCCUGCCUCCGCUGUCUGGAAAAAUCUAAUUUGCGGAAGCUGAGUUGGAUUCAUAUCAAGUGGGAAGACCUCGCGAUUAUGAUAUAUUGAACUGUUGAUUUGUUGGGUCAGGGCAUUUUUUCCUUUUGUUUGUUUUUGGUUUUGGUUCUCCUUUGGGACAUUGACCUGUUCACAACGAGGGGGGGAAGCCCCUCCUCUGGACCUGAUGACGGUUCCUGUCUGCAUCCCCCCUCCUGUAGAAAUCAUGAGUAUUUCCUUUUAUUCAAUCACUAUGCCAUAACCAGGUACAGACUUGGACUGGGGGAGCUCCUCUGCCAGCUUCCUUGCCCCUGCCCCCCCAAAACCACCCUGGGGCACAGGUCAAGCUUUGAAAAGCAGCAGUCAGAGAGGACAAAUUCUUUCCUGCCUGACUCGGAGCUGAAGGACACCGGUGGCAGGAGUGACUUUUGCAGCAGAGGAAGGAGGGGUGCAGGUGGCAAUCCAUACCCCAUGGAAAACACUCUUUGGGAAGAUGUGUCUGCAGAAACACUUUCACUGUAGCUCUGUGUGUGUGUGAGAACAGAGGGAGCAGCAGGCCAGGUUUGAGACGAUCACAUCCACGCAGAUUCUCUGCCUCAUAAAGUAGAACUUCAGAUAUCAGCUGCGUAUUUUUUUGUAUGGAAUAUUAAAUAAAUCCAACCUGAGCAGUGUGAUUUUAAUAGA